AAAAAAGGCAAAGAAACAAGUUUUCUUAACAAAACAGAUAGAAUAGUUCAGCAUUUAAAAAAUUGUAUAUAUUUUGUGAAAAGAAUGACAGUAAAAGAGAGAGCAGAAAUUUUUGCUCUUUCUAUUAAUAAUGAAGAAACCUCAAAUAAAAAACAACUAGAUAAAUGA